GCGUUGAAGUAUUUCCGAAACACUUCUAAUACCCAGGGCCUGCGGCUCUUCCACUACAACCAACCUAGAUUGUUUCUGACUCGCCUCUUUUCUUGUUUCUCCAGAAGUAUGCGUUUUUUCCCGGAGCAAUAUCCUGAAGUUCAGCUUGACAACACACGACCAGAAUAUGACUAUAUCAUCGUCGGAGGUGGUACCGCAGGUUGCGUACUUGCCAACAGGCUGAGCCAUAAUCCUCAAAACCGCGUCCUUCUCGUGGAACGCGGACCUCUCUCUGAUUCAUGGUCUUCGCGUGUCCCACUUUUAUCGUCUGAUUUCGCUUCAAACGGUUCUCGUACGCGUAAGGUCUUGAGCACUCCACAAGCUGCUAUUGAGGGGAAGUUGUUCGGAAUCUACACUGGCUCUGCUCUUGGAGGUUCCUCGAGGAUAAACCAGAUGAUUUACGCGCGUGGAUUACCAGCAGAGUACGAUGCUUGGAGGGAAGCUGGUAAUCCAGGAUGGGGAUGGGAGGAUAUGAAACCUUACUUCAUCAGACCGGAGAAGGCGUUAUACGAUACUAAUCCAUCUGAACAUGGCCAUGAUGGUGAAUGGUGCAACCGUGCUGAAUCUGAACUCGCGUUCCCUGGUUUCCGUCAGGUCAUAAACGCAGCGGAGGAGCUAGGGUUCCCUUACAUCGAAGAUAUCAACGCGUCCGAUGUGAAUGGUGCUGUCGGUUGCGGUAGCCUGCAUUUCACGCGAGACCAGGGUCAACGUCGAAACUCAACCUAUCAUGCGUUUUUACCAGCACCAUUGUGUCGUCAACGCAAGAAUCUUCAUAUAGUCACAAACGCUACCGUCAGUUCAUUGAUGAUCAACGGGAAUCGAUGCGAAGGCGUAAACAUCACCAGUAAAGAUGUGAAGAAGGCUAUCACAGCGACGGGGGAGGUUAUACUAUCCGCAGGGCCUUUUGGCUCGCCACAUAUUCUUUUGUUGAGUGGCAUAGGACCCAAGGAGCAUCUCAAAGAUCACAACAUUCUCGUGAAUAAAGAUCUGCCUGGAGUUGGAGCCCAUUUGCAAGAUCAUUUCGGGGUUUCUGUCGGGUUUGAGGUGCCAAUGCGCCACUCUUUGGUCUGCCUCCAAAGGCGACCGUGGAUAUUCAUCAUAGAGCUCAUUCGGUAUCUGAUCUGGGGAACGGGACUUCUCCUGGUUCCUGUCCUUCAGACAGCGAUCUUUGCUUCGACAUCCCAUCUAGAUAGUAGAGGGGCACCGAUAAAAACCAAGCUACCCGAGAGAGAUACUCUCCCAGAUGUGGAGAUCAUGCCGAUGGCGUACGAUAGUACAGACAAUCCUGAAACAGGAAGAGGCAUGUUCAGCAUGCUUAACGUGUUACUCCACCCGAAGAGUAAGGGAACUGUCCGGUUAUCGUCCAACAACCCCGAAGAUCCUCUCAUUAUCGAUCUACGUUACCUCACGCACCCAGAUGAUUUCAUCCCUCUCCGCGCAUCGGUUCGGUUGAGCUUUCGACUUCGAGACCAGCUGAUUGCACAGGGUUAUCCUCUAAAGGACUGGGAUGGAAUCAAACGGGAUGAGCCUGAGGACGAUGUGGCGAUUGAUAAACUCAUUUUGAGGAGAAAUCGAACGACGUAUCAUUACAGCUCGACUUGUCGGAUGGCUCCUGAAGGGGGCGAUGAAGAUGGUGGGGUGGUAAACCAUGAGUUGUUGGUGCAUGGAUUUGAGAAUUUGAGGGUGGCAGAUUCGUCUAUCUUUCCGUGGGUUUUGGGGACCCAUUUGCAAGCUCCGGUAGUUGCGGUGGCUGAGAAAUGUGCUGAUAUGGUUUUGAGGAAAAGGAAAGAUAUCUAA